AUGGACGGAAUGAUCGAAAAAGCCGAUCGUGUCCUAGAUCACAUGGCCAGGACGGACACAGACGGCGCCUUGACACAACUCUUUCAGAAAGCAAAGGGUAUCAUCAUGAUCUCAGUUGUCGAGGGAGCACUCGUUGUGUCUGGAUCUGCAGGGGUUGGCAUCAUGAUGACCAAGGAGGAAAAGACAGACACAUGGAGCCCUCCAUGUGCCUGCGGAAUGGCGAGCACGAGUUGGGGAUUUUCAUUGGGAGCUGUCAUUAAAGACGUCGUCAUCUUUGCUCUAGACGAACGAAGCGUUCAAGCCUUUACUAGCAAAGUAGGUCUCAAACUUGGUGUUGGUACAAGUGUCACACUGGGCACCAUGGGCACAAACGCGGGUGCGAACGUCAAUUUAUCCGAAAGCGGAACCAGUGCUAACAUGAGUGGAUCAAUGCACGUUCAUCAUGUGGGUGUCGGCGGCACUGUCUCGAUAGCCUUUUGUCAAGGCGCCUACGUGUCUGCUUCUAUAUCAGGCGCCGUGGUAGGACCAAGAGAUAUGGAAAACUGCUCAUUCUACGACGACAGCACAAUAACCGCCAAAGACAUACUGUUUGGAGACGUCGAAAUCCCAACCGAGAAGUUCACAACGACCUUGGGUGAUGUCUACGACAAGCUGGACAUGAUAACAGAUGGGGAACACCUGAGAAACAAAUUGCCUCUUGAAGUGCUUCCAACAUCUUUUCUGUCGGCUGUCUCAAUAAUACUUAAGAGUGUCAUAGACGAGGUACUGAAGACGGUGGACAGUGAAGAAGCCAAGACGAGUGCUAUAGAGGAGUUUAUGAAACAGAUUGAAGAGCAGGAACACGCCACCGAAAGCCAACUCAUCACAAACAAAAGCUGCCGAAGAGAAACGAGAAGCCUGAGUCCUAGCAGACGAAAAUCGUUCCACCAGAUGUUGACUUUUUCUUGA